AUGUCUCCUGCAGCACUCUUGUGGGCAAUUAAGACCACAAAAACUGUGCAGCAGGGUCUGACCAAACCAACACUCUACUUUUUGAUGAACCUGCACACAGGGAUCAGCAUGACUUCCAGCACAACUGUGGCCUUCCAAACUAAGCUGGAUGAGAUACCCGAAAUAUGUCUUGGUGUCCAUUUUGCAAAUAUAAAGAAGAACAUGGAAUUUGAAGAAAGCUAUGACGAGUUGGUGGAUAAGUUCUUCACCGAAAGGAUGGUCGCUGGAUGUUGGUUUGAUCACAUCAGAGGUUGGAUCUCAAACAAAGACAAAUACAACAUCAUGAUCCUGACUUAUGAAGAGAUGAUGUUGGACCUCAGAUCCGUCAUUGUGAAAACCUGCAAGUUUGUGGGGAAGAAUCUGUCAGAUGAAGCAAUUGAUAAAGUGGUUGAAAAAGCUUUUUUCAACACCAUGAAAAAAAACCGCAAAGCCAACCACAAAUUCCUGUCCUGUGAAUAUCACUGA